AUGAACCUACCCGUGGAUCAAUGGGAUGCAUUGGCGAUACCCAUUAUAGUGGCCAAGUUACCAACAAUUACGCAACAGGCAUGGGGCAUGAGCCGCACAACUAAUCAAAUUCCUCCUUUGGCAGAUUUGCUUGCAUUUUUGGAGACACGAGCUCACAGUCUAGUUGGCAUUGUUUGGCGAACAAUGGAGAGCAAACCAAAAUCUGAUGGCAAGACUGCUACACUACAAUAUCGUGGCACAUCUCAGGCUGAUCAUAAAAGGCCAGGUUCACGUCUGAUGAGGACAAACCUAAUAGCAACUACUCCAGGCCACUGCCAGUUUUGCAAUGACGCAUCGCACCAAAUAGGCAACUGCACCAGGCUAUUGGCUUGCUCACCAGCGGAGCGCUUCACAUUGCUUAAAGGCUCGAAUCUUUGCUUCAAUUGCUUGAAACCUGGACAUUCUACUCAGGCAUGUGGCUCAACUAAUUGUCGCAUAUGCAAUGGCAGGCAUCACACUCUACUAUGCCGAAGUUCACCAGCGCAAACUCCUCCUUUGCAAGAGGCUGAACCAGGCUGGCAUCCCACCACGUGCAAUCGGGUUAUACUCUUGGCAACAGCACAAAUACGCAUCUUAAAUGGCUUUGGCGAUAUCGACUCGUGUCGAGCUCUAUGCGAUCCAGGCUCUCAGGUAAGUCUAAUGAGUACGCGAUAUUUUAAUCAACUGGCUCUGCGGAAGCAGAAAAGUGCAUUGCAAAUACAAGGCGUUGGCAGUGGCAAUCGCUCAUAUACUAAUGGCCGGGCAGUCUUGCGCAUAUUUUCGACUGUCAAUGCUUCAUUAGGCUUGGAUGUUGAAUUCUACAUCAUCAACAAAAUUAUCUCAGCAAUCCCUGUGGCUCCAAUCAUGGAAAACUGUUGGCAGCAUUUACGCAAUUUGCCUUUGGCAGACCCGAAAUUUGGCGAAACUGGUGUUAUAGAUGCAUUGCUUGGCUCAGACGUAUGGGGCCAAUUGUUGGCAGAUGGCAUCGUUCGUGGCGUACUUGAUGAUCCUGUGGCACAAAAUACGCAAUUAGGCUGGGUUGUAUUCGGACCAGCUGAAGCAACCGUGCAUAACUACAAGGCGGAACAAUCUAUGGCAUUGCGUGUGGAGGCGCCUGAUGAGCGAGUUGAUGACCUUCUACACAGGCUAUUUGAAUCCAAAGAAAUUGACAUGGCUAAAGGCGAUAAACUAGCAGCAGUUGAUCUUUGCGAGUGCAUUUUCAUGAGCACACAUAAGCGUUUUGAUGAUGGCAGUUAUUGUGUACAAAUACCAUUUACACCAGAUGCUCCACCACUUGGCAAUUCACAUCAGAUGGCACUCAGGCAAUUUCACCAGUUGGAACGAAAAUUGGCAUCCAACUCAGAGCUGAGACAAAGAUAUGUGGCUUUUAUGCGCGAAUACGAACAACUUGGUCACAUGCACCCUAUUCAGCAUAAUUCAGGCGACCCAUCUCAGGCAUACUACAUUCCACAUCAUGCAGUCAUGGCAAAAUUCCGAGUCGUAUUCAAUGCUUCCGCAAAAACAUCGAAUGGCAUAUCAUUAAAUGAUACACAACUCGCUGGCCCCCCAAUACAGGAUUUAUUACUUAACCUUUUGCUUCGCUUCAGGCAGCAUCGAAUAGCAUUCACAGCUGAUGUGGAGAAAAUGUUCAGGCAAGUCAAGGUUGACGAGAGGCACAGGCAGUGGCAACAGAUCCUCUGGCGGGAAUCAUCCGAUCAGCCCAUUCGCACAUAUCAAUUGGCUACCGUUACAUAUGGCACAACCAGUGGCACAUAUUUGGCUGUUCGCGCUAUGCAGCAAUGUGGCAGAGACAAUUCUUAUAAACUCUCAGAUGAAUUACGAGCUAGACGUAGAUGA